AUUAAAUUAAAUAUACUUGGCAGGCCAGGCCGGAAGUCCCUCCUUCUCCUUGUGUUCAUUUCAUAUGAUCCAUCCAUUCUUCAAUCAAGUGAUCCUGCAAAACUAGCUAGAGAAAUGGAAUCAGAAGCUAGUCCAAUAGUAAUCGUGCUCCUUCCAGUUCUCGUCACGCUCUCCUUAAUCCUCCUCGCAUCCCAGAUAAUCCUGAGGACCAAGAAGGAGAAGAAGUUGGGUCUCCCUCCAGGCCCAAGGAAGCUGCCCAUAAUCGGGAAUCUCCACCAGCUCGCCGCAGGCCGCUCCUCCUCCCUACCCCAUCGGCGGCUACGAGACUUGGCCCGACAAUACGGCCCAGACAUGAUGCACCUCCAGCUCGGGGAGACCUCGAACGUCGUCGUCUCGUCGCCGGAACUCGCCCGAGCGUUCCUGAAAACGCACGACCGCAACUUCUCCACCAGGCCCACGCUCCCAUCCGCAGCCAUCAUUUUCUACAACGCCAGGGACAUCGCGUUCGCGCCCUACGGGGAGUACUGGCGCCAGAUGCGCAAGAUCUGCUCGCUGGAGCUUCUGAGCGCCAAGCGCGUGAGCUCGCUGCGGCCCAUCAGGGAAGAGGAGGUCGGCAAGCUCGUGAUGGGAUUGAUGAUGGGCUCUGACCCGCAGCGGCCCGGAGAAGGAGUGAACUUGGGCCGGUUGCUGGGCUCGCUCAGCUGUACCAUCACGUCCAGGGCCACGUUCGGGAAGAUCCAGGAUUUGGAGGAGUCGUUUUUAUCGGUCCAGCGUCGGAUCAUGAAGGCCCUCGGGGAGUUCGCCGUCGGGGACGUGUUCCCCUCCAGUUGGCUCCUCCGUACAAUCACCGGAACCGAGCGACGGCUGAAGAAGCUUCACCGUGAAGCUGACGUCAUCCUCCAAGGCAUAAUAGAUGAGCGUGUAUCCAGAGGAGCAAGAUCAGGAUCGGAAACGGCGCUACUGCUGGAUGAUCAUGAUGAUGGUCGAGAUCUGGUGGACGUGCUCUUGAGUUUCACUCAUGGCGACCAGGUCGUCCUUGGUUUCCCUCUCACCCACGUCGAGAUUAAAGCCGUCAUCAUGGAUAUAUUUUUUGGUGCGAUCGACACUUCAGCCGUUACCGUAGAAUGGGCAAUGUCCGAACUGAUGAAGAAUCCCGAAGAAAUGGAAAAGGCACAAAAAGAAGUGAGGCGGGUGUUUGACGGAAAAGGAAAAGUUGUAGAUGAAGCAAGUCUUGAUGAACUACCCUAUCUGAAAUCGAUUGUCAAGGAAACCUUCAGAUUGCAUCCACCUGCUCCUCUAUUGGUUCCUAGAGAAAGUCGAGAGACAAUUGUGAUUAAUGGAUACCAAAUACCGGCAGGAACUAAGGUGCUUAUCAAUGCAUGGGCUAUCGGUCGAGAUCCCACGCACUGGCAUGAACCGGAUAAAUUUAUACCGGAAAGAUUCCUCAACAAUUCCAUCAACUACGAGGGCGAUAAUUUCCAAUUCAUACCAUUUGGAGCUGGAAGAAGAGUGUGCCCAGGUAUAAAAUCUGGAAGUGUUGUGGUUCAUCUUACACUAGCAAAUUUACUCUACUACUUUGAUUGGAUGCUACCAAACCAAAUGAAAUCUCAAGCUCUUGACAUGUCUGAAGUCUUUGGAAUCUCGAUUCAUAAAAAAUAUGAUUUGCAUCUCAUUCCCAUCCCUUACCAAGCACCCUAAAUAAAAACCUUGUAAUGUUGUUUCAGUAUUAUGUUUUACUUGUCUUUCAUUUAAGAAAUAAUAAUAAACAGUUAGUUAGUGGUACUUUUGACCAUCGAAUUAUGGGGGGUUUUCCUAUC